AUUGCUCCCACCGCAAACAAGAAUCAUGCCCCUCAUACUCCUGACCGGCUACCCUACAUCCGGCAAAACCCACCGCGCAACGCAACUGCACGACUACCUCACAACCCGAAUCUCCUCUCUCCCUCCCAGCUCGCCCUCCUCUUCCCUCCGCGUCCACCUAGUAUCCGACCAUACGCUCUCGAUCCCACGCACAGUCUACAACCUCGACACCAAAUCGCAGAAUGAGCGCAGCAACAACGCCUCCGAAAAAGAUGCUCGCGCGAUGAUCUUCGGAGAAGUGAAACGAGUUCUGAGCGCGAAAGAUAUAGUGAUUCUAGACCAUGCGAAUUAUAUCAAAGGAUGGAGGUAUCAAUUAUACUGUGAGGCCAAGGCUGUUAGGACGAGUCAUUGCGUGGUCCAUGUUGGGACUCCAGUUGAGAAAUGUCGGGAGGUCAAUGAGGGACGUCUUGCACGGCGAGAUACGGAGAAUGGGGAGGAAGCAGAGAUAGAGGCAGUAAAGGAGCAGGAUAUGCCGUACGAGAAAGAUAAUUGGGAGAACCUCGUGUUCAGAUACGAAGAACCGAAUGCUUUCACGCGCUGGGACUCUCCGCUCUUCACCGUUCUCUGGGACGACACUUCUCCACCCUGCGAAGCCAUCUGGGAUGCUCUCAUCGGUUCCGAUGCUGAGGGAGGUAGGAAGGUGAUUCGUCCGAAUCAAGCUACGGUUUUGAAAGCUCCUACCAGUGCGGAUUAUCUUCAUGAAUUGGAUCGGACUACACAGGGAGUUUUGAAUAGGAUAUUGGAGUGGGGAAAAGAUCAUCCUGGGGAAGGUGGAGGGGAGGUCGUUGUUUCUGAUGGAGGAGAUGAGUUGGUGAUUACUUUGCCCGCGAGAGAGAUGGGAUUACCUGCUUUACAGAGGUUGAGGAGACAGUUCAUUGCGUUGAAUAGGCAGAAUGCUGUGCCUGUGAAGAGAAUUAGGGAGAGUUUUGUUGGGUAUCUGAAUGUUUCUUUUGAAUCUCUAUAGUGGCCGCAUAAUUAGUAUUGGCAAGGAGUUUAGGCAUGGAAAAGAGAUACCCUGGAGCAUAGACAAAAGAG